AUCACACUAGAAGUUCCCCAACUCAUAUUUAUUUUACAGAUUGACAUGUCUCCUGUUUGGUGGACUAUUCUUGCUUGUGUCGACUAUUCAGAUCUGGAACAGUAUUCAUCUGAAUGAAAUCCGAGGAAAGAUUACAGACGAUUGUACUGAUACUGGUGACCAACUCCUGUGUACUUUCGGAAAAGCUUGGGACACACUCGGUAAAAACACGGAUUCUACCAAGGAAGUAAAACACAUAGCAUUUCUUAAAGUGCACAAGGUCGCUAGUUCAACUGUAAUGAACUUAUUCAUGCGUUUUGGAUAUUCAAGAAACUUGUCAUUUGUUUUACCUAAAAAUAGUCUUAAUAUCAUUAGUCAAAAUGAACACCUAAAGGAUAAUGAUAUACACCCUCUCAUUAAUCAAAGCAAGUUUGACAUUUUAUGUCACCACGUGAUUUACAACAAGAGUGCACUGCAACGUUAUUUACACAAAGAUGCGUUCUACGUCAGCAUUAUACGUGAUCCUUUUGAUCAGUUCGUGUCAUCUUUUCAUUACUUUCGGAAGGUUUGGGGAACUCCUUAUCUUAAUAACAUUACGGGAGAAUUCCCUAUGUCCGAAUUAUUGCGUCAUCCAGAUCGAUACGAACCAAAAGUCGCAGAUUCAUUUACCAAUAAUAGGAUGGCUUUUGAUCUUGGAUUCCCGCUAUCCCUGUUCGACAAUCCGUCACCUGAAAAAAUAUCAAAGUAUAUUUCUCACUUAGAUUCGACAUUACACUUUGUUAUGAUCAAAGAAUACUUCGAUGAAUCUGUAGUGUUGCUUAAACAUUUUCUAAACUGGACCAUGAAGGAUAUUCUAUACGUAAGACAGAAUGUGAUGAGACAUUACCGACCUAACCAUGAUAUUCUACCCGGAGACCGAGAGCUUCACCGACAAAGAGCACCCCUGGAUUACGCUUUAUAUGAUUACUUCCUGUUCCGGUUUUGGGAACAUGUCCGACAACAAGGUGUUGAGUUCCACAAAGAGGUGAUGUAUUUUAAACACCUCCGACGGUCAGUGGAGACUUUCUGUAGACACGUGUUUUCGAAGGAAAUCGGUGUAUUCAAAACAAGUGAUAAUAAAUGGCACAGGUCUUUUAUGGUCACAAAACGAGACUGUUAUCUUAUAAUGAUGAACGAAAAUGACUUCUCAUUACUUCUAAAGCAAACACAGUACCCAUAUCUCAAACCUACAAGGUAUGGACCAAAACGUUCUCGUAAAAGGAAAGUAUUACCACCAUACCGUCCUAAUAUAUUUAAGGGACCAUUGUGAUAAGUGUUUAAAGUUGAUGAACUAAGUUCAAUAUGUAUCAUCCUCCAUAUGAGUUUGGUUUAGUUACAUUUUUACCAGUGGAAUGUCAAGAUAUUCUUCAUUCUCUAAUUUUUUCCCAAUUUUGUAAUUAUACAUUUUUUUAUAUUUUAAUUAGUGAAAAAUAUCACUUUUUGCUGAUUUGACCAAUUAAGAAGGGAAAAAAAGAAUUAGAAAGCAUGGCCGCAUCCGGGUCUCUGAGUUCAAAGUCAGACGGAAGUAAAUGUAAACGAAUCAGAGUAAAGUAAUCUCCUGUAGUGACUGUGAAUAGAAUGAACUUACUGUUAUAUGAGUGAGAUAGUCCAUCAUCAGGACCACAAAUUAAGUCGUACACAUGUCAGGACUUUUCCUCGCUAGGUCUACUAGAUACGCCAUUUUAGAUUGAGCGCUCAAGGCGUAGUAACCUGGCUUGUUUUGACGGGACUUUUAUCAAAUAAUAAGUAUAAAUUAAAUUUUUGAUCAAUAAAUCAUUAUAUUUUGAGAAUAUUACAGCAACUUUUCUAAAGAAUAUAAACUUAAAUACAUAUUAAAUUUAAAAAAAAAACAAU